AUGGCCAUCGGCGGGUCGGAGGCCGGCGGGGGAGCAGGCGCGGCGGGGAGCAGGAGGAGCGUGCUGGUGACGGGCGGCGCCGGGUUCAUCGGCACGCACACGGUGCUGCGCCUGCUGGAGCAGGGCUACGGCGUCACCGUCGUCGACAACUUCCACAACUCCGUCCCCGAGGCGCUCGGCCGCGUCCGCCUCAUCGCCGGCCCCGCGCUCUCCGCCCGCCUCGACUUCAUCCGCGGGGACCUGAGGAGCACCGAGGACUUGGAGAAGGUGUUCGCUGCCAGGAGGUACGACGCCGUCAUCCACUUCGCCGGGCUGAAGGCCGUGGGGGAGAGCGUCGCGCAUCCGGAGAUGUACUACGAGAACAACCUCGUCGGCACCAUCAACCUCUACAAGGCCAUGAAAGAGCACGGCUGCAAGAAGUUGGUGUUCUCGUCGUCCGCCACCGUGUACGGCUGGCCGGAGGUGAUCCCAUGCGUCGAGGACUCCAAGAUGCAGGCCGCCAACCCCUACGGCAGGACCAAGCUUAUCCUGGAGGAUAUGGCGCGUGACUACCACCGCGCGGACCCGGAGUGGAGCAUCGUCCUGCUGCGCUACUUCAACCCCAUCGGCGCGCACAGCUCCGGCGAGAUCGGCGAGGAUCCCAAGGGGAUACCCAACAACCUGCUGCCCUACAUCCAGCAGGUCGCCGUCGGCAGGCUCCCCGAGCUCAACGUCUACGGCCACGAUUACCCCACCCGCGACGGCACCGCGAUCAGGGAUUACAUACAUGUCGUCGACCUGGCCGACGGGCACAUCGCAGCGCUCAACAAGCUCUUCGAUGCUCCUGAUAUCGGUUGUGUGGCCUACAAUCUGGGCACAGGGCGCGGCACGUCCGUUCUGGAGAUGGUGGCGGCGUUCAAGAAGGCCUCCGGCAAGGAGAUUCCCACCAAGUUGUGCCCCAGGAGACCGGGUGACGCGACGGAGGUUUACGCGUCCACUGAGAAGGCUGAAAGGGAGCUUGGAUGGAGAGCCCAGUAUGGAAUCGAGGAGAUGUGCAGGGACCAGUGGAACUGGGCCAAGAAGAACCCGUAUGGCUACUGCGGCAGUGCUGAAAAAUAG